AUGGGAAAAGUCAACCUCACAGCCCUGCGGGUGCGACAAACCGCGCUCAACCAAUUCGCCAGCGGAAAGAUCAAUAAGCUGCCACAAUGGGUCGACGUUGUUGGUGACAUCCCUCCUGCUGAGACCCUCAUCCGGACUCGCCCUCAGCAGCACCAGCUUGUUCAGCAGCGUUUGAAGACUAUUGAUGGAACUUCGAAGCCGCAGGUCGUCUUCCAAGUUCAAGAGAAGCGCAGGAAACCCAAGAAGCCCAGCCGCACCUUCAUGCCCGUCGAGCUCAAAUACGAAGAAGACCAAUUGCGAUCCGAUUUCUUCCAUGAUCACCCUUGGGAACUUGCCCGACCCCGCGUGCUGCUCGAAAGCACUGGUAAGGACUUCGAGCAAUAUGAUUGGAGCCGCAUUGAACAGCCCGGAAAACGGCUAGACGGUGAAAGUGUUGUCCAGCGACAGCUGUGGCUCUUGAACAACGUCCCGGAUAUCAGCAAAAGCGCCUCCUACGACAUCGCCCGUCGCGAAUUCUACCGACUUCGACUCAAGGAGGAUAUUCAGCGGCGCGUUGCUGCCGAAGAGGCAACCGCGUAUGGCGCAGAAUUCGGACCGUCAUACAUGGACAUUGGCAUGCAGCAUGAGAGCGAGCAAUACGACAAAUGGGCUGCCUGGGCUCGUAACCAGGCUCAGCUUAUGGGCCAACGGGUAGCGGCUCUCAGUGGUGCCCCAGAGCUGGCGGGUGAAAGUGAGACUGAAACUAUCGAUGCCGAGGAGAGCGAAGAAGUGGCCGUUUGA